CACCCGAGCACUCAAAGCCGGCCAGAAAUGGAUAUCGAAUCACUACAGAAGACCAAGACCAUUGGGAUCAUCGGCUUGGGAGACAUGGGCCUGUUGUAUGCCCGCAGGUUCUCUCAAGCAGGAUGGACCGUUGUGGGCUGCGAUAGAGAGGAAACGUACCAAGACACAGUGCUCAAGUACUCGGAGGAGCAGUUCAAGAUCUUGAAGAACGGACAUGCCGUGUCGAGGGUGAGCGACUACAUCAUCUACUCCGUGGAGGCUGCCAACAUCAAGAAGAUUGUGCAGCAGUACGGGCCUUCCACCAAACUCGGUGCGAUUGUAGGCGGACAAACGUCUUGUAAAGCCCCAGAAAUCGAGGCAUUUGAAUCAUAUCUACCUGAGGACGUUGAGAUAAUCUCUGUUCAUUCAUUACAUGGGCCAAAGGUCAACACCACUAACCAACCAUUGGUGAUAAUAAACCACAGGGGCUCCGAAGAGUCCUUGGAGUUUGUGAAAGCAGUGAUGUCAUGCCUUCAGUCAAAAGUAGUACAACUCACUGCUGAGGAACACGACAAGAUCACCGCCGACACACAGGCAGUGACACAUGCUGCGUUCCUCAGUAUGGGCGUGGCAUGGCACAAGACACAACUGUACCCUUGGAAAACCACCAAGUGGGUUGGAGGUAUCGAGAAUGCCAAAAUCAACAUCUCUUUGAGAAUCUUUUCAAACAAGUGGCAUGUCUACGCCGGGCUGGCCAUCACCAACCCAAGUGCACAUAAGCAGAUCAUGCAAUACGCACAGAGUGUCACUGAGCUGUUCACCUUGAUGCUCGAGGGGAAAUCUGAAGAGCUGAAGUCGAGAAUCUACAAGGCUAAGCAAUUCGUAUUUGGACACCUCGGUGAGGACCACGAGCUGUUACUGGACGACUCGCUACUACAGCAGUUUUCUCUGAGCAGACAGCCACCAGGCCAAACCACACCGAACUCUCACUUGUCGUUACUGGCCAUCGUUGAUAGCUGGUAUCAACUGGGCAUCGUGCCAUACGACCACAUGAUCUGCUCCACUCCACUGUUCAGAAUCUUCUUGGGUGUGAGCGAAUACCUCUUUUGCUCUCCAGGACUACUGGAAAAGGCACUGUCUGAUGCUAUCGGUGCAAAGGCCUUCAGACCAGACGAUUUGGAGUUCACCAUUGCUGCCAGAACGUGGAGCAACAUCGUGUCGUUUGGUGAUUUUGCGCUAUACAAGAAGGAAUUCGAAUCCACGCAGAAGUUCUUCGAGCCUAUGCUGCCAGAGGCCAAUCAGCUUGGUAACGAGAUGAUUAAGGUGUUGAACCAGAAGCUGAAGCGUUGAUUGUAUGAUAUGCUAUGAUA